AUGUCACCUCCCAUCCUCUCAUCACCCUUCCUAAACCUCAACACCAUCAAUACCAUCCUCUCUUCCCCUACGCCCAUUCCCAUCGAACAGCGUAUACAGCUAUUGGAAGCCAAUAUCCACCUUCUCACUUCAUCACUGCCCGCCUCCAUCAAGUCUGCUACCACUAUCUCGGAUCAGCGGUCACGUUCCGAAAUCUCGGAGAGAGACAGAGCUACAUUGGACAUUGACAAAAACAGAGUAGACCUUGGACGAACAUAUCUCAGUCAGAAGGUACCGGACUAUAUCAAAGCUGAGAUGGAAUUUGGCAUCGUAGACAGAAACUGUAAGAGCAUACUGAAACGUAUCGAGAGGAGCUUGACUAGGCAUGAUGGUGAAGUAAGCUCAGGCAGCCAUAACAAGGAGGAACCGCCAGGUGAGGCUUGGGUAGACGAAUUGAAACGGGUCAGGAUAGAUGCUCUAAAAGGGAUGAUUUCGGUCGAAGAAGGACUAGGUAGAGAAGCUAGAGCUGAGAGGUGGAGAAAGGCUAUCGAAGGCUUAGAAGGACAGGCGAAUAUCCCAAUCUGA